CCGGCCAGGCCCGGGAGCUCGGUGCGGGGCGCGGCCGGGCCCUGCUCGCCAGUCUAGCUCCUGGACUGGAACCGCCUCCGCGCUCCGCGGCGCCCAUGCGGGGCUCCCCAUGACGCGAGGGCGCCCGGCGGACCGCGGGGCAUGAGCCAGGAGCCCGGGCCCAGAAAGUUCCAGGAAGAUGUCCAGCCCAGGUGUCGACAGCGACCCCAAGCCUCCAUGCUUGCCUCGAAAUGGUCUGGUGAAGCUGCCCGGCCAGCCCAAUGGCCUAGGUGCAGCCAGCAUAACCAAGGGCACACCAGCUGCCAAGAACCGCCCCUGCCAGCCACCACCCCCACCUAGCCUUCCACCUCCCAGCCUGGCUGCCCCGCUGUCCCGGGUUGCUCUGGCUGGGGGCCCCCCAGCAGAGCGGCUGCCACUGGCCACAGAUGAGAAGAUCCUCAAUGGCCUCUUCUGGUACUUCUCAGCAUGUGAGAAGUGUGUGCUAGCUCAAGUGUGCAAGGCCUGGCGGCGUGUGCUUUACCAGCCCAAAUUCUGGGCAGGCCUCACACCCGUGCUGCAUGCCAAGGAGCUGUACAAUGUGUUGCCUGGAGGCGAGAAGGAGUUUGUGAACCUGCAGGGCUUUGCCGCUCGAGGCUUUGAGGGCUUCUGCCUGGUGGGUGUCUCUGACCUGGACAUCUGUGAGUUCAUCGAUAACUAUGCGCUCUCCAAGAAGGGGGUCAAGGCCAUGAGCCUCAAGCGCUCCACCAUCACUGACGCUGGCCUAGAGGUGAUGCUGGAGCAGAUGCAGGGUGUUGUGCGCCUGGAGCUGUCAGGCUGCAACGACUUUACCGAGGCAGGCCUGUGGUCCAGCCUCAGUGCGCGCAUCACCUCACUGAGCGUGAGCGACUGCAUCAACGUGGCGGACGACGCCAUCGCAGCCAUCUCGCAGCUGCUGCCCAACCUAGCUGAGCUGAGCCUGCAGGCUUAUCACGUGACAGACACAGCGCUUGCCUACUUCACAGCCCGCCAGGGCCACAGCACACACACGCUGCGCCUGCUCUCCUGCUGGGAGAUCACCAACCACGGUGUGGUCAACGUGGUGCACAGUCUGCCCAACCUCACCUCCCUCAGCCUCUCGGGUUGCUCCAAGGUCACCGACGACGGCGUGGAGCUUGUCGCUGAGAACCUGCGCAAGCUGCGCAGCCUGGACCUCUCCUGGUGCCCUCGCAUCACUGACAUGGCGCUGGAGUACGUGGCCUGUGACCUGCAUCGCCUGGAGGAGCUCGUGCUGGACAGGUGUGUUCGCAUCACGGACACCGGCCUCAGCUACUUAUCCACCAUGUCAUCCCUCCGAAGCCUCUACCUGCGAUGGUGCUGCCAGGUGCAGGAUUUCGGGCUGAAGCACCUAUUGGCUAUGAGGAGUUUGCGUCUCUUGUCUCUAGCAGGCUGCCCACUGCUGACCACCACUGGGCUGUCGGGCCUGGUACAGCUGCAGGAGCUGGAGGAACUGGAGCUGACCAACUGCCCUGGGGCCACACCUGAGCUCUUCAAGUACUUCUCCCAACACUUGCCCCGCUGCCUGGUUAUCGAGUAGUACCCUGGAACAUGGGGCGCCGUCCAGCCU